CUCCGCGCUAUCGGGGUCAGAGGCUUGAGUCUAAGGCGUAGAGUGUAUCAUGUUGAAGAUGAGCGGGUGGCAGCGACAGAGCCAAAAUCAGAGCCGGAACGUAAGGAGAGAGUGUUCCAGAAGGAAGUGUAUCUUCAUACAUCACCACACCUGAAAGCAGACAGGCAGCAGGCCAGUGUGCCAACCUGUAGACUGACGGCUUUGUGGAGCUUCUUCCCCCGCCCCACUAUCCUGAGUAUGUCCUUUCCCAGAGCCUGAUCCAGCCACAGAGAU